AUUUCGCGGGAAUAAGAGCACGUUGGACAUCAUGGAAGUUUUUGCUGGAACUCUGCAUUGAUGUAUGAGAACUAAAAACGCAUUAACAAGAAAUUGAAACAUGUUUUACACGAAGUUGUUUUCCAGCAGAGAUGCUGGAAGUUGUGACAGGGUAAUGUUUCAUCUGGUAUCAGUUGUAACAGUAAUUGGGCACGUGAACAAUGACAGAAUCAGCCCAAAGUGAUAUAUUUGACACCAGUUUCUGGCCUCAAAGAUCAUUAUUUUAUGGAAAAUUCAGGACUAAUAAACAGUGUAGAUAAUAUUAAUAUAAACCCCCAAAAUACCUGUGCCACAAUUGCUAGUGUUCGGGUACCAAAAACAAAUGCAUCAAAAUUAGGAAAACUUGAAAGCCAAAUUCAGGAAAACAAGGAACAGAUUAUAUCAGAAGAACUGGGUGACAAAACUAGUAUAAAGGACAAUGAAAUCAUAAAUGGAGAAAUAAUGGGUGGAAUGCUGAGCCAGAUUAGCUCCUUGUUUUCUAGGAGUGAUAGCAGUACAAGUGUUGUAACAUCUGAUAGAUCAACACAUGAAACUAGUUUGUCGUCACAACAAUCUUAUUCAUCACUUACACCUGAUGGUAAUGUAGAAUAUUGUGUACCAAUUGUCGGGUAUGAAGUAAUGGAAGAACGAGCUCGUUUCACGGUGUUCAAAAUAAAAGUUCAAGAACAAAUAAAUGGAGCAAGUUGGUUUGUAUUCAGAAGAUAUACUGACUUCAUUCGUUUGAAUAAAAAAGCAGUGUGUGAAAGUUUGGAGGAAAGUGUAUACUUGCUGACGCAAAAGCUGAAGGAUAGAGAAGCUGAAGUUAAGCUUUUAGAGGAAGAAAUCAGAAUACUGCAAUCUCAACAAGAAAUCUUGCUCAAAUCCCUCAAGCUAGAAUGUUCACUAACAAUGCAGAGUGUAGGAUUGUGUCCACAGAUGUUGGGUCCACUGACCUCUAGCCCCAAAACUCGCAACUGCACUUCUCAACGUACUUCCAGCCUUCAUCUUGUAUCUGCUCAUCUUCUUCGUCUACAUCAUCUCAACAUGGCUCUGGUCAAUAUGCUUGAAAAGUCUCAGAAAUAUUGGUUUCAGGAAGGUUUAUCAACACUAAACCAAAAUGACACAUUAACAGAGAUAGCUGCAAGAUUAUCAGAAAGAUCCUCAAGCUAUUUGGAUACAAGAGGGCCAUUCUUUGGGAGUUCAAUUUGUCCUCGAGUUGUUUCUAAGUCUCCAUCUUUUGAAGAUAUUCCUGAAAGAUAUGGUGGUGAUGGAUGUACUGAGCCAGAAGAAAGGUUACCACCACUAGGAGGUAUUGAAAAUCCACCUAUUUUGGAAGAAGGAGAUAAUGUUCAAACAGUCUCUGGGAGAUACGAGGAUGUUAAUACUUCAGUUAUAUGCGAAAUGUUUCCUGUUGUUUCUGAAAAAGGAAGUUUAGAUGAGCCAUUAGCAGAAAGUAUGAAAAUGUUUGAACAGGUGCCUUGCAAUGACAGUUGUAAAGUGUUAAGUGUUUGUACUCAUCCAAGUGACAAAAUUCUGACCAAAACUGAUUUCUCUUCUCAAAGUGAAGUAGCGGAGUUAUAGUCUUGGUUCGUUGGACAGUUUUGAUUUUCUUUAACUAGUUUUAUUUUUCCAAGAAUUGACGUAGUGAAAAGAAAGUUAACUUACAUUUAUGUGAAGAACUUCAAAGAUAUUUAUUGUGAUAUCUAACGUUUUUUUUGUAUGAACUCUGAAAGAAUUUGAGAUAAUAAUGACACAAACUUAAGUGUUACGCUGUUUUAUAGUCUGUGAACACAAGAAUGGUACAUUGUUGUAAUAUAUUCAGUAUAGAAAAUUAUUGGAACUAGUAAUAUUUUUUAGUCUAGUUCCAGUUUUAUUAGAGCUGUUUAUAAUGUACAUUAAGCACUAACUAAUUAUUAACAUAAAAUUAUACAUUAGUUCACCUGUUCGUUGAAGUAGUGUCAAACUCUCAACCAAGAUAGAAAUUAUAUUGUAGAGUGUGUUUGUGUGACUAAACAGUCUGUGAUUAUUAGUGCCUAGUUUUUGUGAUGCAUGAACAUGUUGCAUUCAAAGUUGGAAUUCAUGAAAAUUGAAUUUCGUUUUUUUUAACUUUUUUCACACUGGAUGUUUGUGGAUUUGUAAACAAAACAAAUAUACAUUGUUUAUAAUUGAGGUCUAAAGGUAAAAGGCUACCAUCAUUAAUUAUCUUUUAUAUACUUGUAUGUUUUAUAAAAACUUGUUUCAGCAUUUGUGCUUGGAGAGAAAGGAAAUUAGCACUGAGAGAAAAAUUGAAUUUUAUAACCUAGCCAGUGUAUCCAGGUUUCGAUAUAAAGCUUUCUGUACUUCUCACAAAUUAGCCAUUCAUUGUUCAAAUUCAUUUAUCACUAUUAACAAUAGUUUUAUAUGCACAGUUAGACAAUUUAAAUAUAAAAAAUUUAAAACAAACUUCUUUAAGUAAAUGUUCUGUAAAGAGUGACAGGAAAUCUCUUGAGUAAUGCUUUUGGAUGUUUAUGGGUACGUGUGCUUCACAAAUUUCUGUAUUUAUAUCACUGGCUGUAUACAAAAAUUGGUUAAAGUUAAAAAUGCAAAACUCUGUAAUCAGAGUACGUUCAAAAGGGAGUUGUUUUAAUAACUUCAAAUUAUGAUUUAAGAUGCAUCUGCCCCAAGUAAUUUCAAGAUCUUUUUGUAAUGAUACUGUACAUAGAAUAAGGCAAGUUUAUCCUUUAUUAUAACAUUUUGUAUACCAAAAUCCAUAGUUUUAUAAAAUAAAAUAAAAAACCUUCUUAAUUACCUUCUUUUAUCUGUAAGAUUUAAAAUAUUUUUCUUUCCUGCAAGUGCAGCAUGUUUCUGUGCUUGUGUGAUUUUACAGGCACAUUUGAGUUGUAAUUCCAUUUAACAACUAAAGCUGUUAAAAGUUUAAUUUUGAGAUUGUUAGUUUGUGUUAUAUGAUACUUUCUUUACUCGGUUUACAGUCAAACAUAAUAUAAUAGCAUUUCGACCAUGCAUCUCGUGCUGCUCGAAACUGCUGACAACUCCUUUUGCUUGAUACCGGAGUUUAAUCAACAUGAGGCAUUUUGUAUUAUACUGAUUGAUGUUUAACUAGGCAACAAAAAGUAACAUUUGAAAAACAUAACUAACCAAAGUGACAAUACAUUUCAUUAUUGGAACAGUUCAUGGAUUUUUUUAGAAUUAGAUACAUGUUGCUUGUACAAAUUAAUUUGCAACUAUAGGCAUUUCACUGUAGUAUUGUUUUGUUCUUCCACUUCGGUGAUAUAACAGUAAAAUAGUUUAAUUUAGAAGUUUCAUGACAUUAAGUUGAAGCCAAAACUUUUGAUAUUUUAACACGUGUAUUAUCUACUUGGCCUUAAAACAUGAAACAAAAAUAAACAUUUAUUAUUACCAAAUAUUUUUUACUUUUGUACAGUUGGAAGAGUUAAAUUUGUGUCAAUGCCCGCACUGUUCUCUACUUCCCGACCUAGAAUACUGUGAAAAGGCUUAAGAGUGCUAUUUAAGUCUUUCAGAGUGCACACGUACUUUAGUUUGUAACAUUUCAUUUUUCUGAACUGUUGUUUUGCAUUUAAUUAUUCUUUUAUCAUUUUGAGAAUUUAACUUACCAUUUGAUCAAACUAGUUGGAUGAUAUUAUUUAACCUAGACAAAAGAACUAAAUUUUAGUUUUAGUGCAGUUUGAAUGCUAGGUGGAAUAACGAACUGCUUAAUCUACUCUGUACUGCUCAGCUUGAGAACUGUUUGAUUUAAGUACAGGUAUCUUCAGCUUUUACUCUCGAGAUCAGUAAAUUCUUCUUCCUGGUGUGCUAUCUCUUGUAAUCACAUGCUGGAGUUUACUUGAAAAGUUGAUUGAUUGUAUGUGUAAUACAAAAAUAGCAGUCAUACAGCACAUAAUUAUGUUACACGAACCAUGUUUCAAAAUGUCUCAAGCUAUCAAGUCUGUAUAAAAUCAAGACAACCCCAAUAGAGCAACAGAUUUACCUUCUUAAUUAUGGGCCAAAUAGCCAGGUUAGAGACCUUUUAGAGUCAUCCGUAAUUUUGGACUACUAACCAGAGGGAGGGAGGGUAGCAAAGUUAGCAGCACCUACUGUCACACGUGCUUUGUCCAGCUGUUUAAACUGAUUAAUUGAAUUAAUUUUAUCACGCAUCUACAGCUGAAAGUAUGGAACACGUUCGAUGGUAUUACAACUCAAAUCGUUACUUAAACACCAUCAUUUCUGAACUUGAAAAUGUAUAUAUUUAAGUUAAAGACAUAAUAAACUUUUAUUGAAAUUUGUAUGUUUCGUCGUCUAAGCAAAUGUCUCCCUUUCUUUCACUACCAAUGUCAAAUGAACAUUAUUAACGGGAGUUUUUCAUUUGUUGUGUACAUUUAUGUACUCAGCAUAGAUAUUUCCUGAGGACAAAUAUAACUAGAAGAAUUGUUCUUUUUUAGACUAAAUAAACUAGUUAUUAGAAAAAAAAGAAUGAGUUAAAACAGCAUUUUUUAAUAAAUGAAUACCCAAAUCUAUUUCAGAAUGAAAUUUGUACAUGUAAAUGAAGAAAUAAACACAGAAAUAUGUGGAUUAUUUUUCAAGUUUCAACUUCACAAUUAUAAUAAAAUAACAUAAUGCAAAACUAGUAACCAAAAUCCAGAAUUAAAACCACUAUUUAUUCUGGUAAUUUGAGACAUUUAUUUGUUCUUAAGAUUAUGUUAAGUAAAAGUAAGUGUUGUUGGUUGGGUAUGAAAUUCUUACUUCAUUGACAUGUGUAAGUUAUUUUAAAAGUUUAGUUUGUUGGAAGUUUAAGCACAAAGUAACACAAUGGGCUAUCUGUGUUUUGCCCACCACGGGUAUCAAAACCCGGAUUCUAGCAGUGUAACUCCACAGACGUACCGCUGUGCCACUGGGAGGCUACUUUUAAAAAAAAAGAGUUCUGUAUAUUGUUUUGCUAAAAUCUACGUUAAAUUCCAAUUAUUGUAAAAUUAAAUUGUAGAAACUAAAAUUUCUUGUAAUGGCAAAAAUAAUACACUAAAA